AGUGUUAAUCUGAAGAUCAUAAUAUUUAUUUAUAUUUGUUAAUCAAACUUUCCACCGGUCGUGAUUUAAUAGCUCAAACAGCUUAAAUUUUAUCACCAGAGAGGUUCAAACAAUUCCAAAUCCAUUCAAAGGAGCGCAAUCUGUUUUGAAAAUAAUGUUCCUUAUCAGACGACAACUCGCUACAAAAACACAGAGUGCUUGCAGUGGAGCUAAUAUAGCAGGUGUAACGUUGAACCUUUGUCAUAAACGUUUAUCAAGUAGUAGCUUUCAUACUGCAGCAGGUAAAACCAUGAAACGUUUGGAUGGAAAAGUAGCAAUAGUUACAGCUUCAACAGAAGGCAUUGGAUUCGCAAUUGCUAAACGUCUGGCCGAAGACGGCGCCGCUGUUGUAAUCAGCAGUCGUAAGGAGCGAAAUGUUGAAAAUGCAGUUGAACGUUUACGAAAGCUAAACCUUAACGUUACCGGCCUAAAGUGCCAUGUUGGAGAAUCACAAGAUAGGAAGCGACUAUUUGAGGAAACGAUACGCGCCUAUGGAAAAUUAAAUAUUUUGGUAUCAAACGCCGCUACAAAUCCAGCGGUGGGAGGAGUUUUGGAGUGUGAUGAAAGCGUAUGGGAUAAAAUAUUCGAUAUCAAUGUCAAAUCUUCGUAUUUACUUGCAAAGGAGGCAUUGCCUUAUUUACGGCAAGCAAAAGAUUCCAGCAUAGUUUUUGUUUCCUCAAUUGCUGGCUAUGAUGCUUUCGAUUUGUUAGGUGCCUACUCCGUUAGUAAGACGGCAUUAAUUGGUUUGACUAAAGCAGCGUCCAAAGAGUUAGCAAGUGAAGGCAUUCGUGUAAAUUGCUUAGCACCUGGAAUAAUUAAAACAAAAUUCUCAAAAGCGCUGUACGAAAGUGAAUCAGCUAACGAAGCAGCAAUGUCAAAAAUACCUAUGGGACGUCUUGGUACUCCAGAAGAAAUGGCUGGUAUAGUUUCAUUUUUAGUUUCUGAUGAUGCUUCGUAUAUAACAGGCGAAUCGAUAAUCGCUUCCGGUGGUAUGUCUGGUCGACUAUAAAUUCAAUACAUUUAGGUGGAAUAUAUAAAUUGUUAACUGAUUGCAUUAUAAGUAAAAUAUAUAUGUCUUAAUUGAAA